AAAACACACGCGUGCUCGAGGGGGAAACCUGGUGCCAAUUAACUCAAUGGCACAUGGAGUCGUGCUGCAGCGCGCGCAGACACACACAUACACACACACCACAGAACUUUCUCUCACACUGAUAUAUUGGUUAUUUUCGUGGUGUCCGGGAUGCUGCGCCAGGAUUCCUGAAUCGGUUUUAGUUUUUAGUUUAAAAAAUGGGAUCCGUUUCCACGCUCCUGUGGCUCACGUACUGCGUGGCGGCCGCGUGCGGAGGGAGCGCGGCUGAGGUGUGCACAGGCGCGCGGUGCGCCUCGGCUCGCGCGGGCACGCCGCGGCGCCCGGCCGUGCCGUACACCAUCAUCCACCCGUCCGCGGUCGCGCGCCAGGAGAGGGCCGGGGGCAGGGGGGCCACGGCGGAGGAGCGUGCGCAGACGCAGACGCAGACCCAGGCGCGUGCACAUGCACAUGCACGCGGCGGAUGCGCCGGCGCCGAGCAGUGCGCGCAGUCCAAGCGGCAGCCGUGCGCCGGGCGCGAGUGCAUCACGCACAUGCGCGACGGAGCAGAGCGCGCGCCCCGGGAAUUCGCAAAUAAGAAUGGAAUUCAGCUGUCGUGCGACGUCAAACCAGGUUCUAAUGAAGUCCCCUCUGAGGAUGCCCUGGUGCUGCAGAUUCACUUGGAAAAGGGCCAGGAGAAGCUUGUGGAGGAGCUCCAGGCUCAGCAGACUGAGGCGAGGCAUCUCCAGAAUGGGUUGAAGGAUCAGCAGGACAUCCUGCAGGCCCAGCAGAAGGAGAUUCUGGAUCAGCAGCGUAUGAUUUUUGAACAGAUGGAGCAAGUGAAGGUGCAGUACCAAAUGGUUAUAGACAACUUCAGAAAUAUGGCCCAGUACAAAGAUCUUGAGGGACAUCUGGACAGCUUCAGGUCUGAGAUAAGGACCCACUCCCCGGAGGCUUACACCAUGCCCAAGGUGAACAUGGAGGAGAGUGUGAUAGAGGUUGGAAGACAGAGGCCUGGAUGUAGCUCCUGUAAAGCGGAUGAGUAUUGUGAGUUUUCUGGAGAUUGGCCGAGAUGUGAAAAGUGUACCGUUUGUCUUCCAGGAUUUUUCCUGGUGUCCCAGUGCUCCACUCACACAGACCAGAUGUGCCAGGACAGAGAUGAAUGUUUGGAGAUAGAUCACUUGUGUGGUGACCAAAGUCGGUGUCUCAACACGCCAGGUGGAUUCCGAUGUACAGGAAUGUCAACAGAAGAAGCAGCAGCUGGAAUGUGUGGUCAUUCGUAUUUCUUCAAUUCUGAGCUGCAGGAAUGCCAGGCGUGUUCAGAAUGUGAUUCCCAGGCCAGUGCAUCUCCUUGCUCAGCUAUGAGGGACACAAUUUGUUUCAGGUUCUCUGAGACUCUGAGAUUGUCCCUUUCCUGGUCCGGGGAGGUGUCUCUGGUCCAAGGCAGCGAGUUCCCCAAUAUGCAGCUGCGCAUCCAAGGGAAAAGCGAUGAAGCUCUUGUUUCUUGUGCCAAAAACUGGUUAGUUCUGCAUCAGCAUGGACUUGUGUGGGUCGAUCAUAACCUAGCUUUGAGGCACGGAUGCCGUAGUUUUGUCCAAGCAGGUUUGAGGUUUAAUUCCAGUGAUGACGGAGGAAGGGACCUGAGUGGAAUGCGCAUGGAGCAAAGGGAUGGGAAAUCCCUCCAGAGCAUCAGCGUGAGUGGGGUGACCAUUGUGGAUCCAGGUCACACGUUGUCUCUGUUUCUCAAGACCACCAGUAAUCAUUGUAAUGCUGAAAACGAGAUGGUGCACCUUCAAAAUGGCCUCGUUGCACCGUUCAGUUUGUUCUGGCUUUCUCACGAUACGGGGGCUAUAGCCAUGACCGCGCAGAUCCUGGUUUCAGCACAUUUCCAUUCAAAUUACCGGCCAACCUUCCGUAUAUCUUUAAUCUCAGAUCCCUACAUGGUGACCCUCAGCCAUGACAAUCGCGAAAUACACUUUACAGAGAAGGGCACAGUGAAAUUCGUCCUGCAGCAAGCGCUCUACUCCAUGGGUCAAGCUUGUAUAUCCGAGGGAUUCCUCCUGGUCUCGUAUCUCAACCGGAACAGAAGCAGCGUCGAACUGGCACGAGUCUUCAAGAAUGGUGUUCACUACAGGGACACGUCCGUAUCCCUGUCUGCCGCCGCUGCAGUGGAUGCCGGAGACACUCUCACCUUUGAAAUCUUAGCACCAGCACAGUGCAGUGUGCGCUACUUCUGCGAUGACUCUGGGAUUAGCAUGCUAAGUCUGAUGUGGAUCCCUUCCUCUGUGUCCUCGGCCCUAUCAGCUACCAUAUCCAAACGAUUCCUUCCCUUCGGCGCUGUUCGAAACAAACCCCUGUUUUUUCACCAAACAUCACCCGCAGUGUCACAACUACAGCUAGCAAGCACAAACAUGCAGCACGCACAUCGUAAUUUCAUUUUUCGGGAAGCAGGAACAGUUAGCGUGGCUCUGGAUUUGAGGCUGAUCCAUUCCUGCAGCGUGAUUGAACUUGCUCUGGUUCAGCAGGGCGUGGCAUCGGUGGUACUCGCUCGCCAACUCGGAGGGCAGAUGCCAGAAGGUAGUGAGUGGGCUAGCUUAGGGCUAAGGGUGUCUUUCCCAGUGGAAAACGGCACAGAAGUCUAUUCCAUGGUGAACUGUGUGCGGGGACGCCUUAACCAGAUCGCCCACGAUGCAGGGAGUAGCAUUUCUAUCCUCUGGAUUGCAGCAGGUCAUGUUUAAGCAUGUUUUAGCUUGUUACCAAUGGUCUAACAUUGUGAUAAACAUCUUAGCGUUCUAGCAUCUAAGUUGAGCACAGGAAGUAAAAUUUCCAUCGCUCUCCCAAGAACGUUUGAUCACGUUGCAUAGCUUUAGCAUACUUUAAUCCCUAGCCUAGCACAGAUUGUGGUACAGAAAUAGCAUUUUUCACUAGCGUUAACCGAGCGGGAGUUUUGCAGGUCACAUUUUUUUUUUUAGCUUGUUCGCAUUAGUAGUGUACGUAUAGCACAGGCUUUUUUACAAACUAGCAUGCAGCAUGAAUGAAGCGAGAUUACACGUAGCAACAUUGAAGGAUGCAUGAGUAGGAUAUCAAUGAUAUCAUUGCACGGGUAGUGACACAAGAAUUAAGCAGGUCAGAAGAUUUAGCAUGGUUUACAGCUAUAGGUUUAGUGUAGCACAGGUUGUAUCUUAGUGUCAGCUGUAUAAUUUGUACAGUAUUUUGUAAAUAAAUAAAAAAACCUCUUUGUGUGUGCAGCUAUCUACCUGUCUAUAUCGAUCUGUCUGUCUGUCUGUCUGUGUCUACCUGUCUGUCUGUUGGUCUGUCUGUCUGUAUCUAUCUGUCUGUCUUUUUCUACCUGUCUAUCUGUCUAUCAUUUUAUAUCUAUCCAUCUUUGUUUAUAUCUCUUUGUCUGUCUUUUAGACAUUUCUAAAUGUCUAUAUUUAUCUCUCUCUCUCU